AUGUGGGCUUCUCUGCCGCCUGAAUUGCUCCAUGACAUCAUCCGGAAAGUUGAAGAGAGUGACACGGCAUGGCCUGCUCCAGCAGCCGUCGUCUCUUGUGCUUCUGUCAGUAAAUCAUGGAGAGGAAUCCCAAUGGAGACUGUGAAGAUCCCUGAGCAGUGUGGCCUGGAACAAUGGGAAAAGGUUCAACUUCUGCUAUUCUCUAAAAUAUCUUACGAGCUGGAGGAUAUUCAGCUGAAUUUGAAAAGUGUGGUAAUUCCUCCGAUACCCGUUGGUGAUCUCCUCGCUGGCCCAGGUGCUGGAGUGUACCCUCUCAGGGGUGGUUUUGGCAAUGGUAGUAUGCUUGUAGGAUCCUUGCUUCUUCCCUCGAUUUGGUAA